AUGGCAGAAGAAUGUUCACCAGGAAAAAGUGAUACACAAUGGAUAGAUGCAAAAAUUUAUGGUCCAUAUUCAAGUACACAAGGAUUAUUAUAUGAAAAUGCAGAGGUUUCUGCAACAAAAACAUUAUUACGAAUGGGAAAUUUACCAUUUCAUUAUGAAGAGAGACCUAAUGUGGAGUUUAUGUCAAAUAAUGAAAGAAUUCCUAUAUUAAGAUUAAAUAAUGAUAAUAAAAUAAUUUGUGGUUUUAAUGCUGUUUAUAAUUUAAUGGCAUCACGUGGAUUAAGUUUGUGUGAUAAUAUAGCUGAUAAUCAAAUGGUUGAUUUAGAAGCUUAUAUUGCGGUUAUUGAAGAAACACUUAGACAUGUAGAAAUAUGGAUGUGUUGGAUGGAUGAUAAUAUUUAUCAUCGAACUACAGCAAAAAGAUAUGGUUCUGUUUAUCGUUGGCCAUUAAAUAAUAUAUUGCCUUAUUUACAAAGAAAAAAAAUGAAACAAUAUCUUUCUAGUAUAGGUUGGGGUGACAAAACUGUAGAUGAAAUUAUUCAUAUUGCGGAAAAUUGUUUUCAUUCAUUAUCAUCAAAAUUAGGAAAUAAUACAUUUUUCUUUGGUGAUUCUCCAACACAUUUGGAUGCUCUUGUAUUUGGUCAUCUUUUCUCAAUAACAACAACUCUUCUUCCCAAUAAUAAAUUAGCAUGUUUGAUAGGAAAAUUUAAAAAUUUGGAAAGAUUUUCUACAAAUAUACAUGAUAAUUACCACAAAAAUAAAUAG